UACCUACCUACCUGUGCAGGGCGCAGUGAGGGGCUGGAUUUUGCUCCCCCACAGCUAAAUCGACCCAGAAAUGGCGUAGGCAUCUACCUACUCCUCACGUAAUGUCUAUCCUGGCAUUUGUGAUGCUUGUAUUUUGUCGUGAUACUCUGGCGUACGUAACUAAUCGCGCAUUUUGUCAUUCGCACGGUUGUGGAAACAAACCAAGGGUCACUCCCUGUCCCGUGUCGCCGGAAACAAUGUUAUGCAAACGAAAAUACCCAGCAUCAAUUUCAGCGUUCCUGGGUAAUUCUAUAUUACUACACAUCGUUAUCGCAAGGGGCUUGCGCGGCUUGUAGUCAUUACUCAAGCGAGCUUGCUUGGAUGAAGACUGAAAGUGUGAGAUUCUUUUCCAAAUUCAAGGCGAAACACGAUGACUAGACCCAAAACACACUGUCUCCUCGUCACCGAAUAUGCCCGGUGUCGGAUUUCUACGAUAGUCGCGACAAGGUUCGACAGAUUUGCAUGGCUGAUAGGAUUGCUUCCUUGGACAUGUUGCGUACUUAGGCCUGCCACCGAAAAGUACCUAGUGCCCUACCUACUGUACUUAGGUGAGAUACGACAUGUUCAACCAGCCACAAGCAGACACAAGCGAGCAAAUAAGGAACUUUUGGAGGGACCAGUGGCUCGGUACGCUACCAGCAGACUACCAGGCGACCAGGUACUAGAAAACAGGCGAGACAGGUACGGAUAUUGUAAAAGCCAAGCAAGAGAAAGGCGGUACGGUAGGGUAGAUAUGUAUAUCAACGGCGCGGAGAUGGAGAUUCGGACCAACCAGCAGAGAGCCGGCCACGGACCCAUGCAAGAAUGCAACGGGCUUUCCCUUCCUUCCACUUUCCACUCGCCACUUUACCUACCUGACCUGACCACACUGUAGCCACCGCACAGAACAGGUCCUUACCUUACCUACAUGUAUCCAAGAAGGAUAGGUACGUGCGAUGUAUCUAGAUGUGUAUCCAGAUAGGUACAUGCAUCUAGCGGCUACCUAGGUAGGUAUAUAUGUAGGUUCCGGUUGGUAGAGGUCGGUAGAAGGUCGGUAGGGGUUAGUUCAGCAGGUGCGGGCGCUUGAGCAGCCACCCCUCCUUCCCCCCCCAAAGCAGCCGCCAAUCCCAAGAUUCGUUCCCCUGUCUCUGCCCUGUCCCCCCAUACGAAGUGCCUAGGUAGGUAGGAAUCCUCGAUCCUCUGUUCCCAACUAUCGGGAUCUCUCAAUUUACACACGACUGUCUUUUAGUCCCAUUUAGGAAAUUGUUCAUCUCUUCAUCUCGCUCUCUCUCCUCUCCUCUCCCGUCCCCCUAUCUCUCUUUCUCUGUGUGGCCCUAGGCAUUCCAUGCCUACGCCAGAUACAGCCUGGCACGGAGUCUUCUUUGGAUUGUCAUCUUGGAUUGUCA